GCCGUCUCUAGGUGAUUUAGCGCCGCCAGUCUCGAGCAGGUGUCCAACAUGGCGAUCACGGGAAACGGAUCUCUCACAAUUUCUCUCUCUGUUUUCGUGAUUUCAGCGGCGUUUCUUCUAAAAGGAGCCGCUGAGACCUUGUCAGUUGAAGGUCAAAACCUGGGGACUGAUAAUGUGUCAGUGAUCGAGGGGGAGAUGGCGACCAUCAGCUGCAGGGUGAAGAACAAUGAUGACUCAGUCAUCCAGCUCCUUAACCCCAACAGACAGACCAUCUACUUCAGAGACGUCAGACCCCUGAAGGACAGCCGCUUCCAGCUGGUGAAUUUCUCCGACAAUGAACUGCGGGUGUCUCUGUCCAACGUGUCUCUCUCAGAUGAGGGACGCUAUGUGUGCCAGCUCUACACAGACCCUCCUCAGGAGGCCUACGCAGACAUCACUGUGCUGGUCCCACCAGGCAGUCCAAUCAUGGAUUCCCGAGAGGAUGUGGUCAGUGAGGGGAACGAGACAGAGCUCACCUGUACAGCCAUGGGCAGCAAGCCUGCCGCCUCCAUCAGAUGGAUGAAAGGAGAGCAGGAGCUGACAGGCGAGAUGACGGUGGAUGAGACCUAUGACAGGAUGUUCACGGUCACCAGUCGGCUGAGACUCACUGUGUCCAAGGAGGACGACGGAGAGCCAGUCAGCUGCAUCAUCGACCACCCAGCCGUGAAGGACCUCCGGGCACAGAGAUACCUGGAGGUGCUAUAUCAACCAGAAGUGAAGAUCGUUCAGGCGUUCCCUGAAGGUUUAACGAGAGAGGGAGAGAAUCUAGAGCUGACGUGCAUAGCAAAAGGCAAACCACAGCCCCAUCAGAUCAGCUGGCUCAGAGUGGAUGAUGAUGUGCCGUCUCACACCGUGAUCACCGGCUCUGACCUCUUCAUCGAAAACCUCAACAAGUCGUACAACGGCACGUACCGCUGUGUGGCCUCCAACACCGUGGGAGAUGCCUACGAUGACUAUAUCCUCAUUGUAUACGAUGCUCCUACCACGAUCCCCACACCCACCACCUUGAACCUAGACAACACCCAAGACUCCAGAGCUGAUGAGGGGGCGCCACAGAAGAUAGACCACGCUGUCAUCGGAGGUGUGGUUGCCGUGGUGAUGUUCGCUAUCCUCUGUGCACUCAUCGUCCUGGGGCGCUACUUCGCCAGACACAAAGGCACCUACUUCACACAUGAAGCCAAAGGGGCAGACGACGCAGCAGAUGCAGACACGGCCAUCAUUAAUGCAGAGGGGGGACACAACAACACGGAAGAGAAGAAGGAGUACUACAUCUAAUGAUGAGGGGCCAGGGGGUGCUGGGGGGAGGGGGGGGCAUCCUGUAAGAGCACUAUAUCUAACUCUGAGUGGGCCAGAGGGUGUGGGGGGAGGGGGGGGGGUAAUGAGGGAUGUCGAACUGGUGCAGCUGAGAAGGAAAGAUGAGAGGUGGGGAAAGGAGAAGAGAAGAUGAGAAGAAUGAUGAGAACUCUAGAGGAGAGGAGGAUUAGAGUGGAUGAGUAGUUGGAGGCUUCAUUGCUUUGUCGUGGAUUUGUCCAUCCAACCUCUCCUGGACUGCUGGGGCCCAUUCUGUACAGUUCAAUUAUUUUACAGACAAUUUUGUGCCUUGUUCUAUUUCUUUCGUAAUUGUUGUUUUCUUUUUUCCCCUCAAGCCUGUCGACUCCACCAGAUCCUUUUUGCUGCAGUUAGCUUUCAGAGGAGAUUGAAUGACACAGCGCUUCUUCUCUAGUUGUCCUGCAGCUCUAUUUUAGCUUGUGUACCAGGCUUUUAGAAGCACUCUCUCUGCUGUGUACUGUAGAAGCAGCCAACAACACAUAUGAGUCAUUUCCAGACUAUCUAAAAUCUAUUGUAAACAGCUCUCAUCAAUAUCAAACUAUACUGUCCCUCUUAACUCAUGCAUAAAUAUGACCUCUCCUGCUCUAUCAGACAUACUGAAACAUCCCUUUUAUGUUUGUUCUGUGGCUAAAAGACUGACUGGAGUUGCUGCCAUGGUCAUACGCAUUGUUGGUUUGUCUGUCAGAUGUUGGUCGGGGCAACAGGCUGUUGUGUUGUUUCAACAUCAUGAUAUUACAGUGAAUUCGGGGGGCAGUCCCAACCAGGGGACUACCCUGGUCCAGCAAAUGUUAAGCCAACACCUUAACUGUUAUACCAAGAGGUCCGAUCCCCUUGAUGAGGUCACUAGGUGUUGGGCUAAGGUCGCUACAAUAUGGUUUACUCUGGGUCCUCAUACUCAUACCCUCAAUGGUCAGUGAAGGACCAAUGUAAUAGUAAUGCUUGUACGUGUUCAAAUACAGUGCAUAUAAUUAUCUUCUACAGAGAAAACCAGUUUGAUUUUGUUCUUGAAUAAUAUACUGACUUUAAUAUAUUGAAUAUAUAUUUAGUAACCUUACAAGGACCUUCAAACACGAUUUUAUUGUUGUCUUAGGCCUUUAUCUAAUCUGUUGACUCGGGUUGCUAUUGAGAGGAAUAUAUCUCAGUAUGAAAAGGGAAGAAAAUAUUUUGCUUAUACUUUAGAUUGAAGACGUUUUAAUUGUAAUGAUGUUUAAAACAUUUUAAUUUUUCAAACAGUAGCCAGUACACAAGGAAUUCUGUAUGUAUUAUUUUGACUACCAUUGUAUAUCUUACGGAUAUUAUGAUACACUUUGAAUAUCAUUUUUGCAUGACUUAUUGUUUUGUUAAAAUGUUUUGUUUUCAAAUUAGAAAUAGUAACACACAACUAUUGGUCAUUGCUCAAUGAGCAUUCCUAAUCGUGUCUGUGAAUAAUAAGUUAUUGAAGAUCCCCUAUACGUUUUGAAUGGGGAAUGACUAGCACGGUUUCCAUUUCUGCCAUGUUUCAGCUUUUGAAGUAAAUGUACAGAUUGCUGUGGAAUCCCUGUAAUGCAUAUUGAAGUUCCUGCUUUUGUCUUUCCAUGGUGCAUUAGUCAAUAGAUGUAUUGGAUAUAACAGUGUGAUAGACAAAACAACUCCAAAUACAUGAAUUAAACGGACAGCCACUGCCUUAAAGCAAUAUAAUUCAACUUUGCUUUGGAAUAUAUCAUAAUAAUGAAGAAAAAAAGAGUGAAGGACUAAAUGCAGUGCCUUCCUUUAUUUAAAGGGUAUAACAGUACCAUGUCAACAGUGUCAUACUAUAUCUUAGUAUAUGAAUCUCUCUGUACCUUACACUAGUAGUGGUGGUCUUACUCUCUACUCACAUGUAACUCAUAAAUCAGACAGUACUAAGAACUGGAAUAACAAGUUGAAGUUAUUUUCAGGUUGGAUAAAUAAUUGGAAUCAUAACUGAAUGAUAUGGCUGCUUCUAUUUAAAAAACAGCUCCUUAUAACAAACAAGCUAAGAAGGUAUUAAUGAUUUUAUUUACGGACAAUCUAUUUCUGUCCAAUAAGAAUUUACAAGGUAGGCAAAGUGUAUUUAAUUUAUUUGCUAAAUCAAUUUUAGUUGUAUUUAUAAGGUUAUGUGCUGCAAUUGUGGCUAAGGCUCACCACACUUUGGGAAAGGUAAAACAAGCAAAACGGCACUGGAAAUCUGAUGUUUAUUUAAUUGAAUUGCUUGAGGGUGAUGCAGAACAUAACCGAUACCAGUAUAACAAAUUAAAAUGUGCAAAUCAAUAUUAAUCUCCAAGUGUAUUGAUUAGUUCUGAACUUGCUUUUGUUUUGUUAAUCUUCAAUGUUUUAUUCUGGAUACAAUUGAAAUGAUCGCUGUAGGGAUUCAAAUUAAGUGUUGUUUUUGUUUUCAGUAUACACUCAGUGGAAGGUUUAUUAUGUACACCAUCCUAUUCUUGAAAAUGGUUUGCGCCUACAGACAGUCACAUGACCGUGGCUUGCUACAGUAUAUACAGUUGGCAGACAGACAUUGAGGCAUUCAGUUACUGCUCAAUUGAAUGUUAGAGUGGGAAAAACAAGUGACCUAAGCAACUUUGAGCGUGGUAUGAUCGUCGGUGCCCGACGCCAUUCCAGUUUCUCAGAAACGGCCAGCUUCCUGUUUUUUUUAAAAGCAUGACAGUGUCUAGGGUUUAAGGAGAAUGGGGCGACAAACAAAAAACAUCAAGUCAGCGGCAGUCCUGUUGGCGAAAACCGCUUGUUGAAGGAGAAUGGCAAGAAUCGUGCAAGGCCACAAACAGACAAGUAACGGCGCAGUACAACAGUGGUUUGCAGAACGGCAUAUCGGGAUGCACAACACGUCGGUAAUUGUCACGGAUGGGCUAUUGCAGCAGAUGACCACACUGGGUUCCAUUCCUAUCAGCUUAAAAGAAGAAGUGGCUCCAAUGGGCAAGCGAUCACCAACACUGGACAACUGAGGAGUGGAAAAACAUUGCCUGGUUUGACGAAUCCCGGUUUCUGUUGCGUCAUGCUGAUGGCAGAGUCAGGAUUAGGUGUAAGCAGCAUGAGUCCACGGCCCCAUCCUGCCUGGCGUCAACGGUACAUGCUCGUGGCAGUGGUGUGAUGGUGUGGAGAAUGUUUUCCUGGCUCAAAUUAUGGCCCUUGAUACCAAUUGAGCAAUGUUACCAUGCCCUGAAGAAUUCAGGCUGUUCUGGAGGCAAAGGGGGUUCGACCCAGUACUAGAUGAGUGUACCUAUUAAACUGGCCACUGAGUGCUAUUUGACAUGUAGUCCAUGUGUUUCCACUUUCUCAGGUUCAUGUUGAAUCUUGUGUUUUGCAUCUCAGGUGAAAUGCAAAGUGAAAGCCCCCCAAGAAUACUAAACAUUUCAGAAAGUUAUCAAAUCAAAAAAUAUAUAUUUUUUUCUCAGUUGUAUAUGUUUGUGUUCUUAAUAUAUGGUGCACUGUUAAAUGUUACAUAUUAUUUUGUAUAGACCUAGUUCACAAAGAAAGAACUAGAUUUGUUAAUCAGACAAUAUCACUUGUACAGUCAGUGUCCAGCAAAAUACAAGGGUGGUUAUUGAUAAAUCCUUAUAUCCACAGUAAAACGUAUCAUCUGUUUUUUCCCCAGACAUAAAGAACAAGUAAUCACACAAAAAAAUGGAGACUAAAGGCUCUAUUGAAUCUGUAUCGCUGAUCGCGUUACAGAUUGUGCGCUAGAAGUUUUAAGGUCAUUUCCAUUUGAGCUGACAUAUACAGUGUUUACCGUGAAUGCGGUCUUCUCUAACACAGGAACAUUGCCUUUCAAUUUGAAUCACGUUGUCCAGCUGAACUUCCGCGAUACGGAUUGUGUAGAGACUUAAAUAGCAUCUAUUUACUUUCUAAUGGUGUAUUAGCAUCCUGAAUAUGAUGCAUGUCAGUCACAUUUUCAGAUGUUUUCAAAAAACAGGUGGUAUAAUUGCAGUGGUUAAGUUUUCUGAUUAACCCCCAACAUUUCUUGGCUGUUUGGAUGGAGAACAUGUUUGAUGCCUAGAACGUUUGGUUGUUCAUUGCUCCAGUUAGUUGUUUUGAGGUCAAAUCUUUAGUCUCUCUGUACCUGGGCAACAUUUCUGUGUAGUAAAGAAAGGUUUCCUCAUGUUCCCAUACAUAUUUUGUAUUGGUUCAUAAAACAUUUUUACAAAAAAAAUUCUGAAGAGUACUUGUCUUAAUAAAAAGAUAUCAAUGUGAAAUGG